AUGAUAUCCUUACUACUUUCCAAUCUGCAGUUUCUGCUGCUGCUACUGAUCCAAGCGCUCAGUAGUAGUAGUCUCGUUGUCAAUGGCUUUGAAACAUCGUCUUUACAUACACCAAGAAGAAGAUUAUUUUCCCUUUCUGCAACCACCGAUGAUGCGUUGGACUUUCGACUGGAUCCAUAUAGUGAAUUUGCCCACUCCUUGCUAUCGGAACGACUGGGCUUGUCGCCACGGCAGCAAGAACAAGUACAACAGUACUGCGAAAUGAUUGUGGAAUGGAAUCAAAAAAUCAAUCUCGUGUCACGCAAGGAUUGUUCGCUCGAAGUGGUCUUUGGACGACACGUCUUGCCCUGUUUGGCACCCACAGUAAUAGUCGAACUCGCUGAUCAUCGUGAGAACCACCAAAAAAUUGUGGAUGUGGGAACCGGCGGGGGGUUUCCCGGCAUUCCCAUGGCCAUUGCGCUGCCCUCCUGCCAGUUUGUACUUGUGGAUAGUGUGGGAAAGAAAUUGACUGCCGUCCAUGACAUGGUCACUCGCCUGGGAUUGACCAAUGUGGAGACUAUGCAUGCUCGUGCCGAACAAGUCCAUGGUUCAUUUGAUUGGUGUGUCGGACGCAGUGUCGCAUCGUUGCCCAAGUACUGUGGAUGGAUGCAUCACUUGUUGAAACCAGACACGGGCAAACUACUCUACAUUAUUGGUGGGCAAGUACCCGAAGGGGCGGAACAAGACUAUGGUAUUCAGGAGUUAUUGUUGAUGGAUGGAGAUGACAACAAUAAUGCACCGGUCAUGUCGGAAAAGAGAAUACUCAUUUUUGGGGAGAACACCGUGGGAAACAUGGCGAAGCUGGAUAGUUAG